CUUCACCGAGCGAUAUUUGAGACGUAAAGUUCUCUUUAUCCAACGUGGAAAAUAAGAUGAGUUCCACACAAGAAUCGGAUUCUUGGUUUGGUAGUUCUAGGUGGAAAACUGCACUAUAUAUAGGAUUACCAUUGUUGGGUGUUGGUGUUGUGGGUGUUCUGUUAUGGAGAAGGCAUUAUGUUAAAGAUACAACAUCUGAACCUCGAACUGAACAACCUGCAGAUAAAGAUGUCACCACUCCUGCCCCAGAACUGGUAUGGAAAUAUUAUUUUUCUUUGUACAAUUUAGAAAAAGAUGUGUGCUAUUUAGUUGAUAAUGAGUAGGUUUUUGCUUUUAAACAAAUUGUUUUAAGCUUACCGACUUAGCCGACAGUUAAAGACUGGAUAACAGUGGGGCAGGGAGGGGGGCUGAAUUGUAUGGUUUAAUUAAGGGUACUGCCGCACUGGUAAGGUCCCAGGGAGUCUAGGCAUACUCCUUGGGAAAAUGUGAAAUAUUGAGGCUUGGAAUUGCCAUUUCCUGUACUUUCAAUUCUGAUAACAAAUUGAAGAACAUAGGCAUCAAAAAUCAACAAACCGUCCAUUUCAUUUUCAGUUUUAGUUUGUUUGAAUAAGCAAAUAAAACAUUAAUUGAAUUCAAGAAUUGAACUCCCUGCACUAUAAACCUCUGAUUAUAAGCCCAUCACAUUACUAACGUUCACACCAUUACAAAUAUAAGCCCCUCCCCCAAUAUAAGCCCACCCGAAUAUAAGCCCACUUGUUUAUCAUUGACUAUUAUUUAUCACUAUUACUAUACUUGUGUAACACUUGUUUAUCACUAUACGUGUUUAUCAUUAUUACACUAACAUAAAAUGUCGUCCAUGUAUAAGCCCAUGUAUAUUAACUCCCCCUGCAUGUAUAAGCCCAUCAAAAAACACUUAUGAACGAAUAUAUAUUAACCCAGGGCUUAUAUUCGGAGGUUUAUAGUUUAGUUGGAAAGAGCUCACAGCUUUUUUUAAAAAAGACCUAAGUAUUUCAAAUAGCAUUUUUUCCAGGCUAAUGUCUAUAUCUACAUAAUAUAUGCAUAAUUAUAACAUGACACUGUGAGAAACCCAGUUACUAAUUUUUUUGGUCAAAUGGUUUGGUGACAAUAGACAAAGAGUACAAGAUUUGUUCACCUGCACAAAUUAGCCGCCACAUAUAUUGUCAGUGCUAGUUGUAGUAAGCAGGGGCCGCAGGGCUGAGACAAUAGCAUGAUACUGUCCAGACGUUGAGUAACCAUUGUUUUUAUUAAAAGGUGGUUACCUCUGUCUAUUGGGCAUAUCUAUAACUUCCCUUAUUUCUUUGUAUAUUAUUUUGCAAAAUUUAUAUUUGCCUUUCAUAUUUUCCCAGUGUGGUUGCCACCCAAAAAUGUCAGACAGGCCUUGGGCAGUCGCAUAUGGCAUGAGAAAGGCUAAUUCCACUCCUGUCAACUUUUACAGUUUACCUCAGCAGUGUAAGAAAUCAUGUUCAAUCUCUUCAUACAGGCCAAUACAGCACUGCUUUCUUCCUCCUAGAGUCCAUCUGAGAAGGCACAAAAAUCAAAGUUAAAAGGGAACGAGCUAUUCAAAGCAAAGAAUUUCAAAGAAGCUAUCGAAUGUUACUCUCAAGCUAUCAGUAUUUGUCCAGAAGAAAAUAAGCCAGAAUUAGCUGUCUAUUAUCAAAAUAGAGCUGCUGCUCAUGAACAACUAGUAAGUACUACAGGUAACUACAGUAUGUCAUCUACCAGACUAGGGUUGGGCGAUAUUUCGAUAUUUUGAUUUAUCGCAAUAUUUUCAAUCGCGAUUAUUGUAUCGAAGGUAGAAACUUGAGCGACGAUUGCAAGCACUUAAUGCAAUGGACAAGUGAGUUUUGUGAAAACAAAUUAACAAGCGUGAAAAUACAAUACAAAAGCACUUUCUAUGAACAAGUUUGUUCAUAUUGCAGGUACUGAAAUUUUUCUUCCAUUGAAGAAAAUUAACUUCUCAUUCUUUGUCUUUGCGAGAAUGGCUAUACUUGUAAUACAGUUGUAGUAGAUUGUAUUUUUGUAAAUGAUUCAAAACCUAACUAGGAGCAGUUGCAACAAAUUCAAUAUUAUGCAAGUUUAUACUAACAUGAGUAUAUAUAUAUAGUUGCAAAAUUCGCUGCCAGUUGUGUGCUUCAAAUAUUUCAUCUACAAAAACCGAUCUAUCAUUCUAUCGAACCAGAUGUCCCCAAAUCAUGACAUUUACAGUAUAAACAAUCUAAAUUCAUAACAGUCAUAUGCAUGCUGGGAAAAUUUCAAAAUGUUAGCUGUCAGCAUGCAUACAAUAUUACAAUCUUGCACAGAAAGUAUGCACAGGGUUGUCAAUAUUACAAUCUUGCACAGAAAGUAUGCACAGGGUUGUCAAUAUUACAAUCUUGCACAGAAAGUAUGCACCUAGAAAGUCAUGGAAUUUCAAUAUUCCAAAAUCCAGGCCUGGAAAUCCUGGAAAAUCAAUUUUAGUCAUGGAAAAUUGAAAUUUUACAUAGCAUUAACAAAGUAUUUUACUCAUUUCAAUUUACCUGUCAUAACAAUAAUAUGAAUUGUUGUUAGGGGUGCACCGGAUUUCAAAUACAGCCGGAAUUCCGGCAUCUGGCCGGAUUUGGAAAAAAUCCAGCCGGAUUUAAAUUUCUGUUUUGAACUUAAAAAAUUCACUAAGAAUGGGAUAAACCACAAUUUGGCAGCUUUAAAGUUUAAAAAACACUUAUAUUCUGAUAAAAUAUUAAGUUAUUAACAAAAAGAUAUUAAAAAAAGGUUUAUAAACACAAUCAGAAAUCUAAACUGACACCAUGGAUAAUAAAAUAAAUGGAUUGGAAACUUCUGACGUCAUUGACUGCAUCCUUGUUGAAAAACGUGACGUCACGCGUAUUGCGAAUGUUACCAAAGUUAUCGGCAUAUUUGUUGUUUUGCAAUAUUUUCCACUUUAAAAAGGUGAUCUUGAAGCGUAAACUGGUCUAAUUGUUUUAAAAACAUGCCUAAGCCACGACAAAGUAUUCAAUGUAAAUGUUUUUCGUCUUUGUUUUGUAUUUUUUUACAUUUGUAGCUACGAAAUUGGCGUCACAAAUUUUAACGAAAUUUGCGAUGUAUUUUUCACUGUUUAGUGCUUGAAAUAUUUGCUAAAAUUGACUGGGAAUACUUAGAGUUUUCAUCGUAGAAUGGCGUGGUUACAUUUAUUUGCUCUUUGACUAAAAUGUUUAGCUGUAUUAUUGCUAAACAUGCCGUUUUUGAGAAUUUGAUUUUCAACUAGGUUGAGGCAUCCAACUACGCCAUCAAUCCCAGUAAAAACAUUAGGUCACGUCAGCUAGUUUCCUAUCCAUUUAUUUUAUUAUCCAUGCUGACACUAACUAAAAAUAGUAAAAAACAUAAACUGCCAUUUUGAAUACUGAUUUAUCCCCAAUUGUCCCCAUUACCGGUUUAUCUCAAAUCCGGCCAGAAUUCCGGCCGGAAUUUUUGUCCAAAUCUGGUAAAUCCGGUUCUGGCCGGAUUUGAAAAUUCCAAAUCCAGUGCACCCCUAAUUGUUGUUAUAUAACGGAUUUUUAGUGCAAGAGCGAAGUGAAUUUUAUUCUUUUAUUAUAUCUGUUAUCGUCAAAAUAUUAACGAAUUUCAGAAAUUCCAGACUUCCAGGUCAUGGAUUUUGAAAAAAAUGGUCAUUGAUCCUCAACCUGUUGGCAAAAAUUUUGGUGUAUGGAUGGACUCUAACCUUACUAUGAGUACACACAUUUUAAGAACUACUGCGUUUUAUCUCUUAUAUAACAUAAGAUGUAUGAGAAAAUAUCUUACCAGAGAAUUGACGGAGACACUAAAUACAUGCAUUCAUAUCAAGUCUUUUGGACUAUUGCAACAGUUUGUUGUACUGUAUGGUCUACCCAACUGUCAGCUGGCUAAGUUACAAAGAGUGCAAAAUGCUGCUGCACGUCUAGUAUUUCAGGAAUCGAAGUAUUGUCAAAUUACACCUCUGUUGAAGAACUUACAUUGGCUACCCGUCAAAUAUCGUGUUAAUCGACUUUAAAGUACUUUAAUUUACUUACGUUCAAAGCCAUUCAUGGAAUAGCUUAAUCUAAUAGAUACAGUCUUCGUUCUAGCAAUACUUUGCUACUUAGCACUCCGUCCCUCAAGUCAUUUAAGACUUUGGGAGAUAGAGCAUUCUGUAUGGCUGUCCCAGCGUUGUGGAACAGUCUACCGUACUUUAUUAGAAAUUGUACCUCUGUAAAUAAUUUUAAACAAUUAGUUAAGACGUUUUUAUUUCGUCAGGCUUUUGAUUAGCUUGGAACCAGGCUUUUAGCCAGGGUCCUAAAAGAGGACGUCCAAAAUUGGACGAUUUUCGUAUAAAGAUACAUCUGCAGUAAAUGGGGGGGGGGGUUUAGAUAAAACGUUCCUCUUGAAAACCUUUGAAGUUUACGUUACUUUAUGUCAGUAUCUGUUCCAAGUUCGUUCGAAAUUUUUCAAACACACUUCAGGCUUUGUGAGUUUGUGCCGCUAUGCUUUUUUUAUAUAACUAUGACAUUUUCAUUCAGCCAGGUACACCAUCAAAUUGAUCAAACUGUCUAAUGUAUCAUAAUAAUGAGAAUUGAAGCUAUUUCGUUUCAGCUAUAUUAAUAUACUUAGGGAAAUAAUUGAAAAUAAUUUCGCUUUCCCCCCAGAAUUUGGACGUCCAAAGGCGUCCAUUUUUCGUUCUAGGGGCGUCCUUCUGGCUAAAAGCCUGCUUGGAACGUUUCUUUCUCAAAAGAGAUCACAGUGCAUUCUUGGAUCGUUUGAAGGGGCAAAUUAUAUGAUGACAGGCAUCAAAUAUGUGAAAGAGUAGAAGUAUCUACUAUCAAAUAUCAACUUUUUAGACAGCCAAAAAUGAAAUAUCUCCUUUUUUCAGGUGUAUGUACCACAGAAUACCAGUUUUUUUAUUUCUCUUAUAUAAUUUGAAGGAAACAUGCUAUAUACUUUAUUUUUGUGAAUAUAUAUUAGUUUUAGUCUCAGUGGUCAUAUAAAAACGAAAAAUGGAUAUUUUCAUUAAAUUCUUAAAAAUAAUCGGGAUAAACAACAAAUAAAAUUCCCUAUUUUUGGUACUUUUUUCUGCUUAAUGCCCGUAAAAUCGAAAAGUUUGAAAAUAAGUUCGCAAACCAACAUGAUUUACAUUCAUCAACUGUUUUUCUAAGCGAUACAACACUUUUACUAUUCAGGAAUCUCACUGAGUAAUCAAAUUUACCAUAAAAAACUCAAUUUUUCAAAAUUAUUGGUAAACCUAAUAUACUGUGGUACAUACACCGGUAUUCUGUAUUGAUUUUAGUAUUUACCUUCCACUAAAUUAAGUUAGCGAUAUCUGUGCAGUGGUAUCACACAACAUGACACACCAAAUCCUCGUACAAUUUGAUAAACCGUUCCUUACUUAUUGCCGCACUGGUAUUCUGUGGUACAUUAGGAUUUUAUCCACAGAAUGUCCGAUUUAAAAAACAAUAGAAUGUGCCAAAUCUAACCCCAAGACCCCACAGGAAGAAAAAAUAAUGAAAAACUAUACUAAAAAAUAUUUAACAGGCUAUGUUAUGUCAAGAUAUGGAACAUGUAAAUUUGCGUGGUAUUUUGUGGUACAUACAUACACCUGUACAUUAAAAUUUUAAUUUAAAAUGUGUGCUGCCAUAUUUCUUGUUCCUCCAACAUGGGAUUUACGCGACUAGACCAGACUUUGGGAAAUGGCUAAUAAAGUAGGGCACAGGGUUAACAGGAUGCCUGGGCAGAAUAACUGAUUGAGAGGCAGCACGAUCCCCUAGUUCCCUUGGUGAGGAAAGUUGUGUGGCAUUAGACAGGCUAAAAUAAUAAAGCAAGGCACAGGGUUAACAUGAUGCCUGGGCAGACAUUGUGAUUAACCGAUUGAGAGGCAGCACCAUCCCCUAGUCCCCUUGGUAAGGAAAGUUGUGUGGUGUUGGACAGAGUAAAAUAAUAGUCGGAGUAAGGCACAUCGGGGCACAUUGCCAUUUAAAGGGUUAAAGUGAUAACAUGUUCAAUUAUAAAUGUUCCGCUUUGGCCAAAUUAAUGAAAGUCAAACAAAAAAGGUGGGAAAUAUCCUGCCAUGCUUAGAGAGUUUGAGGAAGCAGCCAGUUUUCGAAAGGGAGUUACGCUAUGCCGGCCCAGCCAUGCUUAGAUAAUUCGCUUCAUAGCUAAUAACUCCCAGCUUACUUAGGUAUUUGGCUCCAACCAUCCACAUGAUUUUUGAAGUUGGCCUGUUGGAGUUAAAUUUUAAAGUGAGCAUUCUGAUUGUAGAACUAGUCCCUAAGACUAUUGAGACUGAGGUAGCGUCGUGAUUCAUGUAGUGAUUAGAUAAUUCGCUUCAUAGCUAAUAACUCCCAGCUUACUUAGAUAUUUGGCUCCAACCAUCCACAUGAUUUUUUGAAGUUGGCCUGUUGGAGUUAAAUUUUAAAGUGGGCAUUCUGAUUGUAGAACUAGUCCCUAAGACUAUUGAGACUGAGGUAGCGUCGUGAUUCAUGUAGUGAUUGAAUUUACUCGUACGUCAUCACAUGUUUGAUUGGACGAAACUAUGGACGAAACAUCCAAUGUGAUGACGUACAUAUGCCUGCGAACAUCAACUCUAUUUAAAGUUUGUUCGUUCACUGCAACCAGGUAUAUCAAUCAUGUUUCGCUCCCUAUACUCUGGUUUAAAUAAAUGAUUACCUAUUAAACCUAACCUAGUGAAUAUUGUACCAUUCAUAAAUCACUCUUCCUGUACUUCAUUUUGUUUCUGUAGAAGAACUAUGAUGAUGUAAUCUCCGACUGCAAACAAGGUAAUUGUGAUCUUUUAGCAUGUCAUGCAAUUCAAACCUCUUAUCAUAGCUUUAAUUUGAAUUGGUCCUGCUCUGCAUUGAGUGCAAAAUAAAAAAAUGUAGAACGGCCAUUUAAUUUCCGAGCAAAACGCCAAUAGGCCGCUUCCUGUUUGCUCUGCAUGGACGUUAUGGCUGAUUGUUCUGCUACAUUUAUUAGUAGUAAAUAAUUUCUAAAAAUAAAACCCAAACUCUCACACACAUUCAUACAUAUUUAUUUAUUUAUUUAACCGCAGAUAUAAACAUUGUCCAAAUUCUGUAUCUUUUGAACUUUUUUGAAUUGAAACGGAGAGUUUAUCUUCAUUUAUAAGCAUAGCCAACCAGAAAAGUGUUAGAUAUUCAGUUAGUAUAUCAUAUUUUACAAAAUAAAUAUAGCAGUUCAAAAUGUAAACAAAGGACUUUACAGCAUCUUCAAUACAUAGUGUUUUUAAAUCAUUUAUACUUUGUCUCUAUAUUAAUAAAUUUCUUGUUUCCUUGACACUAUCUAGAAUUCACAAUAAACCAUGUGACAUGAUAAAUACCCAUACACGUGCACGGUGUUCAAAAAAGAAGCAGUCCAACUUUACCAUGAUUGUAGCAUGACAUAUAGAGCGUUUGCACAUGACGUCACAGCCGCUUGUUGGUGUUCCAAUGGACCUUUAAUCUUAUAACUAAAAUUCUGAUCUAGACAAAAAUUUCAUCACAGCUUGAAAGAGCAUCACAAAAUUAGUAAUAUCCCGAAGUUUCGUUGCGAAAUGUUGUAAAAUGCGGAUAACAUAGCCUUGCGAAAUUGGGAAUUUUCAGUAAUUUUGUAUCACAAAUGGGAAAUCGAUACCCCAACACCCGAUUUGGGCUGUCAAUUUCCCGUGCGUAAUACAAAUGACUGAAAAACGGCAAACUUCGCAAUGCUAUAUUAUCCGCAUUUUACAACAUUUCGCAACGAAACUUCGGAAUAUUACUAAUUUUGUGAUGCUCUUUCAAGCUGUGAUGAAAUUUUUGUCUAGACUUGUCUUGAUCAAAAUUUUAGUUAUAAGAUUAAAGGUCCAUUCAAAAGAAUUUUAAUUAGACUCUUUUGUCUGGAACACCAACAUGACCGCCAUGGCUUUUGUUGAGUUGGUCCCUGGGGAAUGAGUGCAAACGCGCUACAGGGUAUCCCCCAAAAAACGAAAACUAUUGAAAUAACGUUUUGUUAGAAUUUGAAUGCCUCAGCACUCUGCUGAACCCACACGUGCAUCAAAGCUUGACGUAAGUAAAUUUUAUGGAUAAAGAAACCGUUUAAGAAGCUGUUUUAAAUUCCCUAGAGAGCAGAAAAUCGUGCGCUUUACAAAGAUAUUUUAAUUUCUUAAUAAGUCAAUAUUUAAUAUAUGCACCCUUGUCAAUAUUUUACGCAUCUUUGCGUUCAGCUUAGUGCUAGGGCAUUCACAUUUUAACAAUACGUUAUUUCAAUGGUUUUGCGGGGUUUUUUGGGACACCCUGUAUACAGAGUAUUAAUUUAUAUUAUUUAAAUGUUUUUUAUAUAUAAACACGCAAUGGCAUGCUAUAAAAGUUGGAUUAAAAGUUGGAUACUAUGUCAUAUAUUCGAAGAAAAAAAUAUCCUGCAAGCGAAUCAUGGUGAAAAAAAUUUCUGCACAUCUUCGCCUGACAAAAAAUAUCAUGCACGAAAAAAUUGCAUCCCCCCCCUCAAAAAUCUAAUGGUCCAUCCCUAAUCGCAAUCAAUUUUCGCGUUUUAUCCCGUAGUGUUAAAUAAAGCGCUACGUUGCGUGAUUAUGAUGUUGAAAAGUGAAACAAGGCUAAGUUUUAUGCUUGUUUUGAUUUUAUAUAACUGAUUAGCCGUAACCUGGCAUACCUGUAAUUUGUCUUGUUGAUAAAAUUUCACUUUGCCGAAGUCCGAAGAUACUGAUGUAUUGGAACACUGUAUACUUACCAUAUCUCUAUCUUUUUUAGCCUUGCAAUAUAAUAAAAGAUAUACAAAAGCUUACUUAAGAAGAGCUAAAGCAUAUGAAAAGCUGGAUCAAAAACAGAAUUGUUUACAAGGUAUGUCAAAACAAGCUUAUGUCACAUAUGCUUCGCUAUGCAUUAUAUGCUACGGUUUAUUGUUAUGAUAUUGCUGUGCUACGGUACACGAUGAUAUGCUAUGUUGUGCUUGAUAUACAGUAUAUCUGCAGUUAGACUUUCACAAGUCCUUUGAAAUGACGUCAUUUUAUUUCGAGCGGUUCCAGACCCUGGGGACAAUACUUGAAACAUGAGUUAAUGUAUUAAAUCGAAGAAGCGUUAUGAUGUCUCCUCAUCAGAUUAGGUUUAUCUUUGGAUAUAACUGCAGAACAAAUAGCAAAUAAAUCUGACUGUUGUGAUAUUUACUCUGGGUGCAUCUGAUUGGUUAUCUGGUAGACUAAGUGCAUCUGAUUGGUUAAUUUAUUUAGUAGCGAGUCAAAUCUAUCAUUCACAAUCUGACAGUCUCGACAAAAAAUAUAAAUGAGGAUCAAGGAGUUACCGCUUAAAUUACGGGAGCCACUGAGUAUUUUGAUAAAAUACAAAACAAUAGAUGGUCCGAAAAUUGAAAGCAUUUUUCAAAAUCGUAUCUAUUGUUUUGUAUUUUACCGCUUAAGUUACGAAUAAUUAUUAGGCUAUAUAAUAUAUAUAUAUAUAUAUAUAUAUAUAUAUAUAUAUAUAUAUAUAUAUAUAUAUAUAUAUAUAUAUAUAUAUAUAUUUAUAUAUAUAUAUAUAUAUAUAUAUAUAUAUAUAUAUAUAUAUAUAUUGUGAGUUCACGGAUUUUAGAAGUACUGAAAUAUCACGACAUGCAAAUAUGAAACUUGCAUUCCUCAUAGUUUGAAUAAAUUGCUUUAAAAUGCUCCUCAAGUUAUAGCCUAGUUAUAGCCUAAGUUACGUAUGUUAUAAACGCAUAAUUACAGGGGGUCUUUUUGCAACAAACCCUGCAACAAGCCCUCCUUGAUCAACGUUUUCACUGUCAAAGUUUCCGGAUAUGAUAUCAUUAGAUAAAUUGCAAAUUUGUCUUUCUCUGUUUUUCGCUCCAAAAAUUCAUUUAAUGACACCAUAUCCGGAAACUUUGACAGUGGAAAAGUUGAUCAGAGAUGAAGCGUGGUUUUUUACUAUAAAAAUGAAUUCAUUCUUAGAAUGACUAAAAUUUACACAGUCAUACCCAAAUUAUAUUUAUGAUUCGUGGCACUUUAAAAUAUUUAGUUUUAUUAUUUCUGUAUGGUACUCCAAAUCCUGUAAACAUAAAUAGAGGAUAUUAUAUGGCGGCGCGAAGAUAUGACUUUUUAUCUUCGAGUGGUGAAAACAAUAUUUACGAACGAGCGCAGCGAGUAAAAUAUUGUUUUUAACACGAGAAGAUAAAAGUCAUAUCUUCAAGCCACCGUGUAAUGUUCUGUUUAUUAUAUAGUCCCAAGCAAAAAAUUGUAUAAAUACUAAAAGUCACGUGAUCGAUAUCUUCACUAGUGAAGAUAUGGACAAUAUGUCACUGUGUAUUUCUCAGUAUCUCACUCUCUACCAUAUAAUAAUUAUGUAGUAUACAUAAAGACAACUUUUUUCAUGUUGAUUAUGUUCUAGAUUUGACAGCUGUUUCCAUGAUAGAGGGUCUACAAAAUUCUUCUUGGAUGGUUCAAAUGGAUGAAAUACUCAAACAGAUUGGAACUGAGAAAGCUGCAGAACAUUUCAAAGUGAGUAUAAAUUUUAUCGAAUUUUUUUGGGAUUUUUAGAUAUUAUUCCGGGAUUUGUUUGGGACUUUUUCGGGAUUUUUAGAGAUUUCUAGAAAUUUUCAGACAUUUUAAGGAGUUUCAUAAGGAUAUUUUAGGGAUUUCUUAGGGAUUUUUUCCGAGGGGCAUAUCACUCCAAAUCAAAUGGCUCGUACACUCGACGAAAGUCCGAAACUGCUAUGGAACGAAUAUUUCUAACAAAUAAUUUUUUAUUUAUCUAUUCGGAAAAGUAUAAUUGCAACAGAACAUUGAAAAUAAAAUAAUAAGAAAAUAUUGCUUUCUGAAAAAGUCCCAAAAAGUCCAUCAAAAUCCUCAAAAAGUCCAAUCAUAAACAUUCUAGGAGUGAUUUGCCCCUCGUUUUUUUUCGAGGUGUGCGAGAUUUUUUGGACUGAUUCACCCAUCUAAUUUUAUAAUCAGCUUCCUAGGUUAUGAUUACGAUUAACGUAUUUACUCGUUUGAGCGCCGCGGCGCUCUUUAAAUUUUCAAAGCUUCAGAUGCGGCGCUCUUUAAAAAAAAUUAAUCUCAAAUGCGGCGCUCAUUCGGGCUCAAUCGAUUAAAUAUGGUAUUCAGCUCUCUCUUCAGUGACCGAUUACAUCAAGUAUUACGCUUAUUUAUAUUACCUACUUAGCCUAGACUGUUUAUUUUUACAACAAUUGUGAUAUUACUUUCCUAUUUAUCCUAACCCAACCUGUCAACUUUCCCUGUGGGAGAAAACCGUAGCGCUUGGAGAAAACCCACGACUUUCGGCAGAGCGUUGGCAGACUCGUCUCACAUGAGUUCGUAGCCAGAAUCGAAGCCAAGAUCUGCUCUGAUAGCCUAUACGGUGUAGACCUCAACAGAAACGUGUUUCUGCUGGGGGUCUACACCGUAUAGGCUACUGCUCUGACGAAUGCGCCACCGAAGCCCCUAUAGUCUCAAGCGUAUAGUUGGCCAUUGUGUGCGCAUAGUAUUCUUAAUAAGCUUCCCUGGUUAGUAGUUGAUCUAUCUGAAAAAAUUGAAAGCACUUCAACGUUUGAUCUACCUCCUAAUACAGGGUCUUCGCUCGAAAUUUCGAGGUGUCAAAAGAAUAUUCUUUGCCCCAGCUAUUACAUAGAAAGCCAUGCAUUUUUUCAUUCUUUCUCGCUUAUGCUUGUGUCGCUAUAUUAAACGUAAAACAUAACAACAGAUUUUGUUGCUACUUUUGAAAUUAUAGAAUCGCGGCGUUGGUAUGCUACCGUCAAAUUUUCUCAUUAAAGCAUAUCUGGAAUCCUUUAGUGAAGGUACAGUCUUAUAUAUUGCUUAUUUUGUACGGUAAUAGUCGCAUUAUUGUGAAAAACGAUCAAAGUUAUUUUGUUUCACUUCAAAUACCUUUAAAGGACAUUGGCAAUAAAAAAUUAGUUUAGUUCAUUUGAAAGAACUCUUAAAACUAUAUAUUAAACUCUAUUCCAGAUUGUUUAUAUCUUGCUUAGUUUUCAAAAUAUUUCGACUGAAAAAAUUGAUCUGUUCGCCAUCUUGGAUUAUUGAGGAUAUGCAUGUUACGUCAAGAGAGGGGUCACGCUAAGUUUUUAUCUUGAGAGUAAGUGAUCAAUAUGAGUCCAAAACUUCGUUUCUGGUUGCUGUCUGAAAUUUAGAAAUGAUUAAAAACAUUUCAAACAAUAUUGGAUUGUUACUCGGUCAUUUUAGAGUAGUUUUAUAUGGUUAACCCAACUCCUGACGUCAUCAAAACCAUAGUUAAUGAGGUAAAGCAUUUUUCCAAGAUGGCGGAAAGCUCAUUAAUUUCGGUCUAAAUAUUUCGAGAACUAAGCAAGAUAUGACAAAUCGGUAAUAGAGUUUAAUAUAUAAUUUUAAGAGUUCUUUUGAAUGAGACAAACCAAUUUUUUAUUGCCAAUGUCCUUUAAAAGGAAGAUUAACCCAAUAAGUUGCAUUGCGCCCUAAUGUACCCUACUGUAUUCUUUUACUUUGUCUAACACCAGAUGAUUUUACUCUGUCUAACACCAGAUGAUUUUACUCGUCAAGGGAAGAGCGCUGGCGCUCAAUCGGUUAAUCACACUACCUUGAACUGUCUGUGCCAGUGUAGGUAGUGGCAAUAAAAUGAACAAGCUUUCGUUGCUAGGGAUGCAUGCAACCUGAAAAUAUAGAAGGAGAAUUUCGACGUUACGAGCGAAGGCCCUUCGUAACUCCAGACGACGGCUCUUCGCUCGUAACGUCGUAGCCUGCGAACAGGCUCUCAAGCUGAAUUGAGAGCCUGCAUCGUUGACUAAUGAAUUUGAAUAUCUGCCCCGUAACGUUCGUUUUUCCAAAUAUGGAAUGUCUAUCCUUAUAUGGUGUUGUUUACAACUUUCGUGCAAACUAAAUUUAGACCAUGCAAACUAAAUUUAGACCGUACAGUUUAUACUGUUUUUCGAAAUAUAAGAUAUUGAAGCAAAAGUUUAAAUGUUUUAAAUACUGUUUUCUCAAAACAGAACAUUUCGUGCUUUGAGAUAAGAUGGCCAAGACCAAUUUGAUCAGUUAAUGUGUUUUUUAUGCAUAGUGCUUGGCAGUUGACAUAUAUAGAGCUCAGCGGAAUAAUAUAAAUUAUAGCAUCUGACCAAUGAGAAUUUCGCGUCACGAUUUGAGACGCAGAUAUUCAAAUUCAUUAGUCAUCGAUGCAGGCUCUCAAUUCAGCUUGAGAGCCUGUGCGCAGGCUAGUAACGUCGAAAUUCUCCUUCUAUAUUUUCAGGUAGUUGCAUGCAUCCCUACGAACGAAAGCUUAAUCGCACUAUCUGCCCAUGUGUCUAUAAAGUUCAUCUGUUAAGUGGCAUUGCGCCCUAAUGGCCUUAUCUUUAUUAUUUUACUCUGUCUAACGCCAGACGAUUUUCCUCCUCAAGGAGAGAGCGCUCAAUGGGUUAAAUGUAAAGUGAGUCCAGUUUCCGAUAGUUGCACACUCCUUCUAACCAGUCAAAGCAGUUUAUUUCUCAUCUGCAUGCGUCGCAGUUUUGAAGGUGAGAUGACGCGAAAUUUUUAUUUUCUGAUCUGGAAGAAUCGUCAAAACUGUAAACUGUAAAGUAACUUCCUUUAUACAGAAUUUCGUUUACUUCUUCCUUGGUGAGAUAAUUCGGUUUUCUUGAUGUGCUAUAUUAAUUUCCCUUGCCGGAAAACAUGUUGGCCGCUGUACGUUGGAAAUUGUACACAAUGCUCCAUUACUGCAGGUUUGAAUGUUUAUGGUGAGUUCACUGUUGAGCCACCUGACCAAGGGGCUGCGAAUAUUCUUCAUCUGCAUUUGUUGACUGCAGUUUUGAUUCGAUUUUGAUGUUUGAUAUUUUUCUAUCUUCUUUCUGCUGACCAAUCUCGUUCCCUGAGCCUGCGAUCCUCGGGAAGGAACGCGAGGCUCUGGGAUAAUCCGUUGCCGGAAGCCAGGAAUCCUGGCUAAGACCCAACUGCGCAUUCCAUAUCAACGGCCAAUCAGAUUAUUCCCUGAAACGGAUUAUCCCAGAGGCUCACGUUCCUUCCCGAGGAUCGCAGGCUCGGGGAACGAGAUUGUCUGCUGACCACAAACAUUUUCUGGGACGAAUGGUCCCGUGGUUCGCUAUUUUUCCAACCUUGAUUUAAGCCAAGGCGGGAUUUUGGUGGAAAUGCUGAGAGAGGUGGAAAAUAUUUUAGGAGAGGUGCAACGGUCUGGCCCACAGCCUUCCUGGGAUGUUAGUUCAGAGGUGGAUCUACCAGAGGGGUGCACACCCCUUCCUACUGGUGUAGCACCCCCUCGUGGUGUCCAGCACCCACUUGGUGACAACUGUGGUAUUCCAUAUUAAGUUUAGAUUUCCCGCCUUUUGAGUUGUGCAUGAACACUACAUAUUAUAUUGAAACGAUUGAUUUUUGAGUUUGCGAGAAAAUAUUCCAGCACCAAUACGGCAGGUCACCACAUAACGUUGCACUUUUCUUAAUUUUUGCCUGGAAUACAAGUCCUGUGAGGACAUAUUUAACGAAUAAAUGUAGUGCCAGAAUGCAAGAAAUAGCAUUUCAUGACUUCAAAUUUCAAAAAUGCACCCCAACCCUCAAAAUCCGACCAUGAUUAAUAUGUCCAUGUUACGAGAGGGAAUUUUUGCUUGCAACUUGCAAUUCAUUUUUCAUCAAGAGUGUGUUUGGUAUAUAUUUUAAUCUUGUAAACUCAUUUGCAAUAGGCAAUUCCAGCUUUUAGUUCAUGCGUGCAGGGGACGAUGGGAAGUAAGGUAUCACAUUGCUGAUUAUGCUGAAAAAAUAAAAAUGGUGGCCGUGUAAACACGGAGUGAUAGCUUAUGCUUGUAAAUAUUGAAAUAUUUCGGUUGUUUCGGUAGUUUGUAUUGAAAUUUUUCAGCAAAAUCGGCAAUAUGAUACCUUACUUCCCAUCAUCCCCUGCAGGCACAAACUAAAAGCUGGAAUUGCCAAUUCAGUUCUGAAGACUGUAAUUUUUUAUUCGAAUAAACGGAUCAUCUGUAAAGAUCAUCUGUAUGUCGACAGAGUGGAAUGCGAGCCAUGCUCAAAAUUUCUCUGCAUGUGAUUGCUUUAAUUUUAGGUAACAUCACUCUUUAUCCGAAUUUGCAUGCCUCGUGUAACAUGGUUUUUUGUGGUGCUUUGUAUAGGUAAUAGCAUGUUUUUGAGUGCAAUUUGGAUAUAACAUGCACGAGUGAGUUUUUCAAAGGCCUCAAAAUAGCACGAGUGAUUUGGGUCUUUGAAAAACUCACGAAUGCAUAUUUAUCCACAUUUCACGAGAAACCAUUCUAUUACUUAUUAAUAAUUUACAUAAAAGUAAUCGAGAAAAUCAAAUUUGAACUUGACCAAGUGUGGGAAUCGUACCGCACCGCUGGAGUGCGGCCAUGUUUGUUUAUUUGAAAUUUUCCCCGCCAAAACGUAGCUCAAUAUUGAUUGGUUCAUAGUGAUUACAGAAAAUUGCACUGUGAUUACAGAUGUUUGCACUGCUGUUUGGGACUAACUACACUGAAAUCAACCAAUCACAGACAAGUAAUACUUUUAUGUAUGAUAUUAAAAUAUUUUACUGUGUCUCACUCGAUCAUUUAAUUUGUAUAGAUGUAUUAUUCACUUUGGAUGAAAGUGAUAAUGUUGAAACAGAGCCGUACCUUCAAGCUGUUAGAGAAGCGCUUGAUGAUAAAUUUGAUAAUAUCAUCGCACUAUGUACAAAAGAAAUUGAUAAACCCGGUAAGUGUGUUUGA